AUGACGGGAACCCUGUGGUACAGCAUUGCCGAGCCAAACGAAUAUCUUGUGCUCACCGGCGCCAGAAUCGAUGAUGUUCGCAUUGUCAAAAAAGCGCUCAUCAAGCCAUGGCAGAAAUGCACCCGAAUCUCCAUCUCGCCCUUCGAUUUCAGCCUAAAUCUCCAAGCUAUGACGAUGGAAAAGUUGCAGUUCGCCUUGCCUGCUGUUUUCACAAUUGGCCCUGACAACGAUUUGCAUGCGCUGAAGAAAUAUGCUCUACUUCUCUCAGGCAAUCCAAAUGGUGGCAGCCCUGCCAGCCGUGCGGGCACAAUCACGCCGACAAAACGUAACCAUGUUCAAGAUAUUGUAAAGGGCAUCAUCGAGGGUGAAACUCGUGUCAUUGUUUCUAGCAUGACCAUGGAGGAGAUUUUCAAAGAACGACAAAUGUUCAAGCAGAAGGUUAUUGACAACGUGCAACAUGAACUCACUCAAUUCGGUCUUCGCAUCUAUAAUGCAAAUGUCAAGGAGCUGCAGGACACUCCAGGUUCGGAAUAUUUUGCAUUUCUGAGCCGUAAGGCACAUGAAGGCGCUUCGAAUCAAGCAAAGGUCGAUGUUGCCGAAGCACGUAUGCGAGGUGAGAUAGGCGAGGCGGAGAAGAAAGGCCGAACGAAACAGGAAGUCUCGAAGAUCGAAGCCGAAACUGCUGUACUUGACACUAGACGACGUGGUGACAAGGCUCAAGCGGACGCCGAGCUCACCAAUCGCCAGACGGAGCUCAACAUGGGAAUAACCCUUGCACAGAUCAGGGCUAAACGGCAAGCAGAAGCCAAAGAUGCCGAGCUUCAGAAGGACGUCGAGCAGAAGAAGGCAGAAACCGAACUUGAACGUCUCCGAGCUACCGAUGUCACCAGGUCCAAGAUUGCCAAGGAGACUGCUCAGCAGAAAGCUGAUGCUCAGUUCUACACCGAAACAAAGUCUGCGGACGCCCAUAUCUACUCGCAACGCCAAGAUGCAGAAGGGGCUUACUUCCGCCAGCUAAAAGAUGCGGAAGCAGUAUAUGCCAGACAAAUCAAGGAAGCAGACGCCGCAUUCUAUGCUAAGAAGAAAGAAGCUGAGGGUAUCGCUGCUGUAGCUCAGGCCUACAAGGGCAUGGCGGAGGUGAUGGGGGGACCCCAGGGCUUGCUACAAUACAUGAUGCUCCAGAACAACACCUACGAGAGACUAGCCCUGGCCAAUGCUAAGGCCAUCAACGGCCUCCAGCCCAAGAUCACUGUAUGGAACACUGGAGAGAACGCUGGCAGCAGCGAUUCCACUGCGCCGAUCAGAAACCUUUUCCAAUCUCUUCCUCCUCUUCUUUCCACGAUCAACGAUCAGACAGGGAUCGCCCCUCCAAGCUGGAUGGUGGGAUCCAUGGGCAAGAACAAUGAACCAGAGUACACUCCGUCCACAAAACCGAAGAUGAACGGUGUUGAUGGAAUUCACUAA